CGGCGCCGGGCCCUCCCUCCCGCCCCCCCUUUCUCCUCCCUCCUUCCUUCCUUCCCUUCCUCCCUCUCUCCCUCCCUCCCAGCUCCUGCACCAGGAAACGGCCUGGAUCCUGGCAGCGGCCUGACCCGGCUCCACGCUGGCCAGGAGGAUGAAAGGCCCCAGCUGGGGGCUCCUUGCCACCAGCGCUGGGUCCUAAGAGCUGCCAUCCAGGCUGGCCGCCCGGAUGGCGACCCCAGCCUCAGCCCCAGACACACGGGCUCUAGUGGCAGACUUUGUAGGCUAUAAGCUGAGGCAGAAGGGUUAUGUUUGUGGAGCUGGCCCUGGGGAGGGCCCAGCAGCUGACCCACUGCACCAAGCCAUGCGGGCAGCUGGAGAUGAGUUUGAGACCCGCUUCCGGCGCACCUUCUCUGAUUUGGCAGCCCAGCUGCAUGUGACCCCAGGCUCAGCCCAGCAACGCUUCACCCAGGUCUCUGAUGAACUCUUCCAAGGGGGCCCCAACUGGGGCCGCCUUGUGGCCUUCUUUGUCUUUGGAGCUGCACUGUGUGCUGAGAGUGUCAACAAAGAAAUGGAGCCACUUGUGGGACAAGUGCAAGAGUGGAUGGUGGCCUACCUGGAGACACGGCUGGCCGACUGGAUCCACAGCAGUGGGGGCUGGGCGGAGUUCACAGCUCUAUACGGGGACGGGGCCCUGGAGGAGGCGCGGCGUCUGCGGGAGGGGAACUGGGCCUCAGUGAGGACAGUGCUGACAGGGGCCGUGGCACUGGGGGCCCUGGUAACUGUAGGGGCCUUUUUUGCUAGCAAGUGAGAAAGUCCAGGGACAGGUGGGGCUAGGUGUGGCUGGGGGACAGGAGAGCAGGAACAGAACAAGAGAAAUGCCCUUGGAAGAAGUGGGGUGAAUGGAUGAGCAUGGAACGGGGAUGGGAAGGGGCAGGGUGCUGUGUGAAGGAGCUGUGUGUGCCAGGCAGGCAGUUGGAAGGAUGAGCUGGAGACAUUAGGGAAUGUAUUGGAAAGUAUUUGGGGGCCAGGAGAUGAAGUCAUUCCAGGGUUGGGAGGAGGUGGGAGAGAUCAUGUCUAUAGGUGUAGGCACACAAAACUAUACCUAGAGCCUAAUUUGUAGCCCUGAGGGAGGUUGACUUGCAUAAGGGAUUGUGUCUCCCUUGGAUGAGUGAGAUUUGGGGAAAACAUAGAAGGUACAACCCCUUGAAAUGGAAGCUUGAGGUUCUCGGGUGAUAGGGAGAGGUGGCUGUGAUGGUGGGCUGCUUGGACACGUGUGUGCAUGUGCACGCAUGCUCGUGUGCAUGCUGGGCUGCUUGUCUAACCUGCUGGUGGCCGUAUUCAAGGAGAAAACUUCCCCUGUUGGACUGGCAAGAACAAGGGCCAGUUCUCUGUCCCUCCUCCCAACCCUCUCCUCCCCCCUCUCCUUGUCCCCAUGCCUCAAGGCUGUGGGAGAAACACUGUAUCCAGAAGAGGGCUUUGGGCACUUUCCGGCAGAAAGUCAUUAUCAUUAGCAGGGCUUUGGAGAGAAGAGAAGUUCUGUGGCUGGCCUUGUUGCUUCACCAACCCCAUUCCUUGUGCAUCAUACUUGCUGCUGCCUCCUGGGCUCUGAACAAAAACAGGGCUGCGGAGCCUGCAGCGGGUGGGUGGGGGGAGGGGCUGGACCUACCUGCCACCCUCCUCUCCCACUGGGGCACACUGGUGCCUAAAGUGUUCCCUGUCUCUGGGACCUUCUGUACCCAAACUUAAACUCUAAAUUGGGACUCUGAUUUUCCUUUGGAGUAUGUGGAGGUAAAUGUUGAUCUAGAGUACAGUCUGGGUCCUGCACUGUGUCUCAGUGAGACUGCUGAUGCCUUGAGAGGAACAUUCCAGCUCUGAACCCCAUGGGUGUGAGGGUGACCUGUACUCCGUGACUGGCCUAUUCCAUGUAGUGGGCUUUGGUGCUGCUUUGUCGAGGGCCAGGUGUAUGGGUUCUAGAGUACCUACCAUGACCUAGAAGCAUUUAUAUUUUCUUUGAAGCCACGCUGUUUGCAUGGGUGUUACUUGUCUGUACCUCAGAGUCUGAGGACAUUAACUUUAGAGCUCGCAGUCCUCUAGAACAGAUUCAGAUUAUAGCUUUUUCUUUUGAGAGAGAAAUGAUUUCACUCCAGAUGCAUGUCCUGAGCCAGACCUCACUGCUGCACUUCCCAAGGUCCUCAAGUUGCUGCUCUCCAAUGCUGACUUCAGACACAGUGCUCUAGAACCCUGCCCUUGAUCCUGAGCACUGAUCAGCUUAGCUAGACCAUGGUUGACUCUUCUUGGAGAUUUUCAUUUGGUCCCAGAAUGUGGCAACAUAGUUGUACUCACAAGAAUGUGGGACCAAAAUUGGCCUCAGGUGUUUAGCCCAGACUUUGGCUUUUGAGAGAGGGCUGCACUUUUUAAUGGUAUUUACAGGGGAGGUGGUAGACUGCAUGUGCCCCUUGGUCUGUUUUGAGUAUGCUGAUACCAGAAACUCAGAGCUGGUCUGUGGCAAGAAGUUGGGGGUGGGGGUCUCUGACUCGCUCAGGACAAACUGGACCAGUGGUUUUCAGACUGCUUGCCAGAGCCCUGAAGUUUCCUAGGGCUUGCCUCAGGAGUCCUUGGGGAGGUGAAGAGGGGGUGCUAAGCAGGCUGGGCUACAUGUCCUUAAACAGAAUAGCUCCCCUUGUAGCUGUCUUACAUAUCGGGGUUCAGGGUAAGAUUUUAUUUGCAUUAA